GCCGUAUCUGUGUUUGAACACUAUACCUGCCAAAUAGGGAUUGCAAGAACUUACGGGCGCUGUUGGAUGAUUUAAAGAGUCGAGAACGAGUCAGACUUCGAACCUCGCACACAAUUUGCAGUGUACCACCUCGCAUCCCUCAGAGCUUGUGCUCACUCUAGGGAUGGGCCUCCUGCGACUGCAGGCGAGUAUAACUCUCCGACGAUGUCUGGAAACCAACCGAUCACAACGGUUUGCUCGCCAACUUCAUAUCUCGCGGCCUAGGUUUGCACCUGUACCUACCAAGCCUGUCCGUGCCAUUGCGCGUGCUGCUGUCGGUUCUUACGGUAAAGAUGGGGGAGAAGAUGGUGAUCAUGUUCUCAAUUCACCUUCCGAGCUGGCGCGGAAAAUCUCUGCAAAGGUGCUGCCCAAGAUACCCCGCCCUGACGUAAAGAAGGUCUUGAUCGUUGGCAGUGGUGGUCUCAGUAUCGGUCAAGCGGGAGAGUUCGAUUACUCUGGUUCUCAAGCACUGAAGGCUCUUCGCGAAGAAGGGGUCGACGCGGUCCUCAUUAACCCCAACAUCGCUACUUGGCAAACUUCACAUGAACUUGCAUCGGAAGUCUACUUCUUGCCUAUCACGCCGGAUUAUGUCGCCUAUGUCUUGGAAAAGGAACGGCCUGAUGGUAUUUUACUUACAUUCGGUGGUCAGAGUGCCUUGAACGUCGGUAUUGAAUUGGACCGUAUGGGUGUACUCGAGCGUCUUGGCGUCCAAGUUUUGGGCACACCUAUAAGGACUUUGGAGGUUUCGGAAGAUCGUGAUUUGUUCGUACAGGCUCUCAAGGAAAUCGACAUUCCCGCUGCUCAAUCUACUGCUGUUUCGUCAGUCAACGAUGCACUCCACGCGGCAGAGAAGAUUGGAUACCCUGUCAUUCUACGAUCGGCAUUCACUCUCGGUGGUCUUGGCUCAGGUUUCGCAAACAACCCGGAUGAACUUCGUGACCUCUCGGCAAAGAGUCUGAGUCUGAGUCCUCAGGUUCUUAUUGAAAAGAGCAUGAGAGGCUGGAAAGAACUCGAAUAUGAGGUCGUUCGUGACGCCGCUGACAACACGAUUAUUUGCUGCAACAUGGAGAAUUUUGACCCUCUUGGCACACAUACUGGUGACUCAAUUGUCGUGGCGCCUUCUCAAACACUUCCGGAUGACGAGUACCAUAUGUUGCGAUCGGCUGCUCUCAAGGUUAUCAGGCAUCUUGGUGUUAUUGGCGAGUGUAACAUCCAAUACGCUCUCAAUCCGACUUCUAGGGAGUACUGCGUUAUCGAGGUUAAUGCUCGUCUGAGUCGUUCAAGUGCGCUUGCGUCUAAGGCUACCGGAUACCCCUUGGCUUAUACCGCUGCCAAGAUCGCCCUUGGCCAUACCCUUCCUGAGCUUCCCAAUGCGGUUACGAAGACAACGACAGCAUGUUUCGAGCCUUCUCUUGAUUAUAUCGUCACGAAGAUUCCGAAGUGGGAUUUGGCCAAGUUCUCGUCUCAGGUCAACCGUGAAGUCGGCUCUGCGAUGAAGUCUGUCGGUGAAGUCAUGGCUAUUGGACGUACCUUCGAGGAAAGUUUGCAGAAGGCUAUCCGCCAAGUUGACCCUAGGUGGAAAGGUUUCGAGGCGUAUAUCGAGCCUGAGGACCUGGAUACCGCUCUCAGCAAGCCUACGGAUAUGAGGUUGUUCGCUAUUGCUUACGCGAUGUUCAACAAGAAUUACACAGUCGACCAGUUGCACGAUUUAACCAAGAUCGACAAGUGGUUCUUGUAUAAGAUUGACAACAUUGUCCAGACGGUUUACGCGCUUAAGGCAGCCGGUAAUGUCUCAGAAAUCGACCAUCAACUCAUGAAGCAUGCCAAACAAAUGGGUUUCUCUGACUCGCACAUCGCCGAUCUCGUUUCCUCCACUGAAGACGUCGUCCGUGCUCACCGUAAAUCCUUCGGCAUUACUCCCUUCGUCAAACGGAUCGACACACUUGCCGCUGAAUUCCCUGCUCACACCAACUACCUCUAUACCACCUACAAUGCUUCUGAACACGAUGUCGACUUUGACGAGCACGGUACCAUGGUCUUGGGAAGCGGCGUCUAUCGUAUUGGAAGCAGUGUUGAAUUCGAUUGGUGUGCGGUUACUUGUGCUAGGAAACUCAGGGAAAUGGGCAAGAGGACAAUCAUGAUCAACUACAACCCGGAAACUGUCUCUACCGAUUUCGAUGAGGCUGACCGACUCUAUUUCGAGGAAUUGGGCUAUGAGCGGGUUAUGGAUAUCUAUGAACUCGAGCAGGCUCAGGGUGUUAUCGUUAGCGUCGGUGGUCAACUACCGCAGAACAUUGCUCUCCGUCUCAAGCAAAAUGGCGUCAGCGUUCUUGGAACCGAUCCACAGAAAAUCGACAGUGCAGAGGAUCGUCACAAGUUCUCUAAAACCUUGGAUAGCAUUGGCGUUGAUCAACCUGAAUGGACUGAGGUCACCUCCGUAGGCGCUGCGAAGAAGUUCGCUAAGCGAGUUGGCUACCCCGUUCUCAUUCGUCCCUCUUACGUGCUUUCUGGUGCUGCGAUGAACGUCGUCUACGCCGAAGCUGACUUGGAAUACAACCUCUCAGCAGCUGCAGACGUUUCUCCGCUUCAUCCGGUGGUCAUCAGCAAGUUCAUUGACAAUGCUCAAGAGAUUGAUGUCGAUGCUGUCGCGCACAAAGGCAAACUUCUUCUUCACGCAAUCUCGGAGCACGUUGAGAACGCCGGUGUUCACUCCGGAGACGCAACCCUUGUCCUGCCCCCAUUCUCGCUCACAGACGAUGACAUGAUCCGUCUCAAGCAGAUUGCCGAGAAGGUUGCUUUUGCUUUCGAGAUUUCUGGACCAUUCAACAUGCAAGUCAUUCGCAAGCCCGCGGAUAGCCCUAACACAGAGCCUGAACUGAAAGUCAUUGAGUGCAACCUUCGUGCUUCUCGAUCCUUCCCAUUCGUGUCGAAGGUUCUGGGUCACAAUUUCAUCGAUGCUGCGACCGCUGCUAUCGUCGACCAGAACGUUCCGGACCCUGUUGACGCAAUGGCUGAAAAACGGGAUUAUACCGCUAUCAAAGUGUCGCAAUUCUCAUGGACCCGUUUGGCCGGUGCUGAUCCGUUCCUUGGUGUUGAGAUGGCUAGCACCGGAGAAGUCGCAAGCUUCGGUAAAGAUGUCCAUGAAGCUUACUGGGCGGCCCUCCUCAGUACAACAGGAUUCAAAGUUCCUCGACCUAACUCCGGAGUGCUUAUCGGUGGUGAUAUCACCAAACCUGAGAUGAAGACUAUUGCACAGAUCUUGACCAACCUAGGCUUCAAACUCUACUGUUCAUCACCGGAGGUUGAAGAGUUCUUAAACGAUAUUCCCUACGUUAGUGCGAAGCGUAUCUUCUUCCCUACCAGAGAUAAGCGAAAGCUCCGGGAAGUAUUCGAUGAGUACGAUAUCGAUUGUGUCAUUAACUUGGCCAAAUCCCGAGGCAAGGACUUCUUGGAUGAGGAUUACGUGGCUCGACGAAAUGCCGUUGACUUCGGCCUUCCGCUUCUCAAUAACGCUCGAUGCGCUCUACUAUUCGUUGAGGCAUUGGCAAAGAAAAUCCCUCAAGGAGGUCUCCGAAAAUAUACAGAAGGCAAGAUUCCUUCUGAGGUUCGCUCCUGGCGAGAGUUCGUCGGGAGACGAGCCUAAGCUUUCAUUCACUUUUGAUCUAUAGACACUGCAUCUACGAAAAGUAUUCGUAAUUGAUAUCCCCCUGCUGUAUUUGUACUCACAUAGAGUAGUAAUGUAGAGAUACACAUUGUUUGAAUUCAUUACAUGUUCUACGUUCCUCCUUCGAAGUACUAUGGCAAGAG